AUGAAUUUCAAGAGAAAUGCAAACAAUAUUAAAGAGCCAUUCUUUGCAGCAGCAAAAGCUUACACAGAGAAGGACUUCAAUUAUCACAUGAAGGAACUAAAUGAACGAAUCAAGUCGUAUCUUGAAGGUAUCAGUUACAAAAGAUGGUCGAGGUUCCACGCUGAGAACAACAUAUAUAAGACAAUGACUUCUAACCCAGCCGAGUCAUUAAAUGUUGCACUAGUUUAUGCAAGAGAACUGCCAGUUGCAACGCUCCUUAUGCACUUACAUGACCUCCAACAAGUGUACUCAUAUAAACACAGAAAUAUUUCCCUCAGCACUAUUACAAGGAUGAUGAAAAAACAUGAAGAUGUGCUAGCAAGAAACUAUGUAAAUUCACUCAAGUUACAGAUAAAGCCAACUACAAAUGAACUGUUCACAGUGAUGAGUAAUGGCGACAAAUACACAGUAGACAUGAAGGAAAGGACAUGCACUUGCAAAAGAUUUGGAACUGAUGAAAUACCAUGCCAACAUGCAGUCGUGAUUCUCAAUGAAAUGAACCGGGAUCCGUAUCAGUUUUGUUCAAGAUACUACAUGAAAGAAGCUAUGCUAGCAACAUAUAGUGAGACGAUAUUUCCAAUGGAAAAACAAGAUCAGUGGGUUAUACCACAAGAAGUACAAGACAUGAUUGUAUUACCGCCGCAACACAAGACAAAAAGCGGAAGGCCAAGAAAGCAAAGGUAUACAUCUACAUGGAAAAAUAACAAGAAUACAAAGUGUACUAGAUGUGGACAAGGAUGA